AUGGAGGUAAAAAAAGAGAAAAUUCGAUACAUUCUUCAGUACCACUACGACCAAAGUGAAAAGGCGGAGCAGGCGGCCAAAAAAAUUUGUGCUGUUUAUGGACCCAAUACAGUAUCGAAUGCAACAGCAAAGCGGUGGUUCCAACGAUUCCGUUCUGGUAAUAUGGACGUCGAAGAUGAGGCACGCUCUGGUAGGCCAAUCGUCGAAAAUGUCGAUAAAAUCAUGGAAAUCGUCGAGUCGGACCGGCAUGUGAGCACUUAUUCCAUUGCCCAGGAACUGAAGAUUAGCCAGAAAACCGUUUGGAACCAUUUGCAUAAGGCUGGUCUUGGCCGGAUUAACGGCCAAGAAGGUUUUGCUGUGUGUUUGGUGGGAUUGGAAAGGGGAAUCAUCCACUAUGAGCUGCUCCCAUCGGGCCAAACACUCAAUUCGGACCUCUAUUGUGAACAACUGACCAGAUUGAAGCAGGCGAUCGACCAGAAGCGGCCAGAAUUGGCCAAUAGGAAGAGUGUUGUGUUCCAUCAAGACAACGCCAGGCCACACACAUCAUUAACGACGCGCCAGAAGCUCCGAGAGCUUGGAUGGGAGGUUCUAUUGCACCCGCCGUAUAGUCCAGACUUGGCACCAAGCGAUUAUCACCUUUUCAAGCAUUUGCAAAAUUUUCUUGAUGGUACAAAAUUGGCCUCAAGAGAGGCUUGUGAAAAUGAGCUGGUCAAGUUUUUUACGAAUAGGGACGAGGACUUCUUUAAUCGCGGAAUUAUGAAAUUGCCUUCAAAAUGGACAAAAGUUAUCGAACAAAACGGCGCAUAUUUGAUCUAA